CAACUAGGGUUUGAUUGAUUGUUCAGAAAUUGUCAAAAACUUGUUUCGUGUCGUGCUACUUGUCGGCUGUGUUGUGGAUUCUGUUAGUUUGUGCUUUUUAUUGUAUUAUUUAUCUUUCGAUUACUAUGUAGAAUUUGUACUUAUUUCAUGCUCGUACUCUAUUCUAGCAAAUGAAGCGAAAAUGGAGGAAGAAGCGAUAUCUGUGAGUGAUGUUUUGCAUAAUAACGGUGAAAUUGAAUGGCAACCGCUGGCUCUUACUUUAGUUGAGUAUCCAAAAGGAGACUGGCUUGGUAAAUUCUUCGCGUUCAUAAGCCUGUCCCCAUUUGGUAUUGGUGCUGGAUUUGUUGCGCUUAUUUUGUUUCGUCGAGAUCUUCAUACUAUAACUUUUUUCACUGGCACAUUGGUGAAUGAAGUAUUAAAUAUAAUUUUAAAGCACAUUGUAUGUGAAGCCAGACCACUCUCAAGAGGAAAUUUAUAUAAUGAAUAUGGAAUGCCCUCAUCACAUGCUCAAUUUAUUUGGUUCUUUAGUAUCUAUGUUUUAUACUUUGUCUUAAUCAGAUUACAUCACAUUAAUAAUAACAGCAUAAUAUCAGCUCUAUGGAGGGUGAUCAUAGUAGGAGGCUGCAUGUGCUUAGCCCUGCUAGUGAGCAUUGCCAGGGUAUACCUACACUACCACACUACUUCCCAAGUUGUUGUUGGAGGCAUUGUCGGGUUCGUGUUUGCAACUGUUUGGUUUGCAAUAGUUCACAGAGUUUUCACUCCAUUGUUUCCACAGCUAGUCUCAUUGAAACUAUGUGAAAUGUUAAUGAUAAGAGAUACGACAUUGAUACCAAAUGUGCUAUGGUUCGAAUACACCACGUCAAGGCAGGAAGCACGUGCGCGCGGACGCAAGAUGGCAGCUCUGAAGCCGACACAAUGACGGUGCGCAUGCGCGCGCGCGCCUGGCUCGGCGUCCCGGCCGCGCGCGUGACGACUGGCGGCCGCCGCAGCCCUUGCACUGCUUGGCGGCGUGCUCCUCACGAAAUCUGACCCAGCUCGCUCCCUCAUCCCUUAAUAAUGUAGGUACUUCUAACUUCUUACAGGUCCAGGUAGAUGUAUGUUCUCUCAUGUUGAUCAUGGUGAAUUUGGCUUAUAAAAUAUUUAUUGAUAAUGUUGUACUCUAAAUGAUGCAAUAAUAAUUGAUUUAAAUAUUAAUAAUUACUAUUACUAUAGGUGAUGUGUAGUGUAAAUGUUCCUUUGAAGUUGAUUUGAUGUGUUAAGUAAUUGUACAGUUGAGAAUUUAUAAUACUUGAAGUAGAAUAAAAUUAGUGAAUGGUUUAUAAUAGUAAUUAUGACUAUUACUGUUGAUGUGUCACAACUAGUAAUGUGUAAACCCAAUGUGCAGAUUGUGUCAGGGAUGUAUCUGCCCACAUGUUAACCAAAAUAAAUAUAGUAAAAUCUAUUAAAACUUGGAGGAUUUACACAAGAUUAGUGCACAUUAACAGUAGCAUAAAAUUUAUUUACAUUAAAUUGCUAGACCCAUUUUUUUAUUGAAAGUAUAAUUUUUUAACAGAAUAUAUCUAAAUAAUUAGAAAGAAGAUUAAAUUAUGAUACAAAAAACCUCAUGGUUUACACGGUUGUGUUAUAUUGUAGGUUUACUUGUAAACACUAACCAAAUAGAAAAUGUAAGCAUUGAAAACUUAGGGAUAUUGAGUAUUAUUAAAAUUAUGCUUACAAGAUUUAUAUUGAUGCCGUAAUAUGAAAGUUAUUACAAAAUAACAAUUUGUAUAAGACUCAAAAAUUGGUGAUUACAUGCAAAUUACAAAAUGAUUUUGAUAUAAGUUCUCUUACAAGCAAUGAAUUGGUAGCCUUUCAAAAAAAGGAUUCCAAACUGGUUAUACUGUAGGUGGGUAGACCUGAUUUGGAUUAUUGGUUGACACCCAAUUAUAUUAAUAGAGAGCACAUAAAACCGACCUACAUUAUUAUAUAUUAUCUCUUGCUAUGAAACCCUAAUUACUCGUUAAUUACUACAGAUUUUAAUAUACCUAAAUGUUUAUGGUAACAAAAUAUAAUCGUUUAAUUAAAAGAUAUUUUUAGUAGGAUAUUUAUAUGUACCAGAAAUUCACUGUAUGCAAUGUUACUAUAUUCAAUCAAGUUAACUUCCAAUUAUUAACUAGGUACGCUUUAUAAGUCGAAUUUUAUAACGAUCCAUUCUCAAAAGAAUAUACUACUAAUGAAACCUCAUUACCAAAAUGUGCGAAAUUUUAGAAUAUCAAACAAAAAAGUUUACACCAUAUUCGUCUAUUUCUAUACCGUAAAACGAGGUAAAUAGAAUUUGAGGGUUGAAUAGAUACACGAAAGGGGUAAAUAGAUACAGGAAAAGGAUGAAUAAAUAGUUGUUGGCGAAUUUUCCUAGUAUCUAUUCACCUCUCUUCUGUGUCUAUACACCCUUCGAAUUCUAUUCAUCCCGGUUUACCGUACUGUGAAAUAAAUGUGUCAGUUCGCCAUGUCGCAAACGGCAAACCUUAUUACACAAAUCCCAAAAAGCAUCUGUCGUCAGACUACUUGUGAUCCCAACUUUCUCAAUCCAGAUUGAGUGGCAACCCUAAAGAAUGAUUAGCAUUUCCAUUCCUUGAAAAAUAAUUAAGACAAAAAAUAGAUUUUGUAUGGACACUAUUCCACUUGUUCCAUUUAUAUGAAUACGUAGUUUAAUAUUAAAUACGCUUAAAUUUGUCAUAGGUACACAAUUAUUUACAAUAAAGUAAUAUUUGUAUGUACAUGAGAUUAGUUAACCAUCCAGAAACCACUAAAGAAUUGAACGAAAAAUGCUUAAUAUCAUAAGUAUUAUUGAAAACAAAACAGUGCCUGCUUGCAUGCAAAUACAUAAUAUAACCGACUGCUCAAUGAAAAUAAAGUGAAUAUACUAAUUAUAUAGAUUAUAAGAUUUAAAUAUAGUACAGAGCUUUCUUCAAAUAGUCGGAAGUGGUUUAUGGGUGGCACCCGCGUGUGAUAUUCUUUUCUCGUAAAAAAUAGACUUAUUGUAUUUUUGUAAUACAGUAGCGAUUUAUUGUCAUUCAUAGUCGUGACUAGAGAAAUUACUAAUUGAAUAUAGUGUCGAUAGAUUCAAUAAAGUUUAAUAAAUAGUUGGUGACGAUAUGUUGCGACUAUUUCGGGAACUGGGGUGCGACCAUCUACCUAGAUGUAUGUACAUACGGUUCUAGACUUAAAUGUGGGUUUUGUAAUAGUUAUACCUUAUGCAUGGCGGACUUCUAUUCGUUGAUCAUAUAUGACUAUUAACAAUUAUUUGACAAUAUUUUAUGUCGUGGGUGAAACUGAAUGCCGAUUCGAGUUGGAUACUUUUGGCUGAGUAUAAGGCUGGCUGCGUCGCACCCCAGCGAGAGCCGAUUCUGUAAGGCCAGUGGAACGGCAAUAGCUUUUAUAUACCGCGUGUAGACGGUUAACUUUAUAAUAAAUUCUAAAACGAUAAUAGCAAUAGAUUUUAUAGCCUUAUUAUAUACAAUAUACAACAGAAAACUUAGAAUGUCAUUUUAUCUUGUAAUUAAAAGACGGUCAGGAACCCUUCUCACAUCUCCAACAAAAAUACAGUGUAGCAGUAAUUGGUAAAUUUUAUUUGUAGGGUAGUUAAUGCGAGUGAAGAUAAAGAUAUUAAUGUAUAUUAUAAUUCUAUUUAUCUGCUUAAUAUUCUUCUAAAAUGUAUAAGUAAAUAUGUAUGUAUAUAUUUAUUUACUGAUUUUAUCUAGGACCUGUUUAUAAUAGUCAGUCGGAGUGUAUCGUGGUUAUAACAUCUUAGUAAGGAUAUUUACGAGUGUAAUAUUAGAAAGCAGCUACCGAACAGCGUGUUUCGCACACUCCGAUUCCUUUUUAUAUCUGCAGUCUUAGAGUAAUGAGUCCGUGACGUGACACUGUAUCAUCACGCAAUAGUAAUGUAAAUAGGAAAAAUAAUUUCUAACGGAAUCGAUCAGUAUGUUAUGUAUUCUUAAUAAAUAAAGUUUUUGCUCAUGUGUUCGUAGAUUUUAAGAAUAUUUUCUUUGAAUACUUAUUUCAAAUGCUAGUGAUAUUUUAUAAAUACUUAUUUUUUUAAAUCUCAUUAUGCAGCUACGAGUUUGCGUUAUAAAAAUGCUUAUUAUUUAUGGGCGGCUUACGUCACCUUUUGCAAAAUAUAAUGCAUCAUAUAUUUUUCAGCUGUUUAACGAUUCAAUGUUUUUAACAUGGAAAUAUAUUUUUCUUGAUACAAGCUGUAGCCAUGAAAAACAUGAAUAAGUACCCUAACAGUUUUGUAAAUGCCCUAAACUUACAGAAUCAUUUUAUGCAGAUUUAUAAAGCGACACCCACAUUGGUGUUAAAACGACAACCAAAUUUUAAUCAUAAUACUUCACUUUAUUCAUGAAUUUAUGCUGAAUGCAGUUAUUAAAAUAACAGUACUAAUACAUAGUAAGAAAAUGUAUUGCAUUAUCAUAACAUUGUUCACACGAUUUGUGAUUUGUUAUAUAACAAAACAAUAUUAAAAAGAGAUAUCUUGUAUGUACUUAGUGAACCAAUGUAAUAUAUAUUUAGUAUAAGUAGACAUUUACUUACUAGGAUGGGAACACUCCACAGUAUUGUAUCGCAUCUUUGGUCCUUGUAAAGAUUGUACUUACAGCCUGUUUUCAGUACUCAUGCACUCUGAAAGCGCGAUACGUGCAGAAAGUCAAUUCAGCCAAACCAAAAAAAAUUGAUUCAAACAGAGACAAAAAUAAUAAUCAUAACAGAGCUACUUUUUUGUGGGAGUAAAAAUCUGACUGACAGAGAAAAGGGAGGCUCAGACUGUCUAUUCAAUUCCAAGCUACUUCCAUUGCUGUUUCUAUUCUGAUCAAUCUUUAUUUUCUUGUCUAUACACCAAAUAACUUUGCUGACUGUAUGUGGAUCGUGGCUACAACAUAGCUUUAAAAUUACUGUCAUGCAGAUAAUAGUACCUACAUAAUUUAAAUCUACUCAGCUCAACCAUUGCUGCAGUGUGUUUUCAUCCAAACAUCCAUAAUAGAAGUUAUAUUCAGUUUGUUCUUAAAAUAAAACAAAUGUUUUGUAUAUUUAUAUUAUUAAACUUUCAAAUUGUUAUUUUUGUAUAUAAGUUGUUCGAUGUUUUCAUUACUAUGUGCUUCCUUGUGUUCAUGAUUUUUAUAACUGCAAAAAUAUUAUGUUGGAGUUUAAAUAAUAUGUAUGGUUAACAAAUUAGUUUGUCUUACUUUAAAAGGUAUCCUGUGCUUACAAUGUCGUGGGAACUCAAUACUUCUGGAGUGGAUUGAUUAGUGCUUCCAAUGUGCUUUCUUCUCUUCUUUAUUUUGUUUUCACUCCAUUUUCCAUCAGCUAUUUCAUUAUCUGCUUCAUAGUCACUUGAAAUACCUUCCCAAAUAAUUAUGUUACAUUUACACAUAUUGUUAAAAUGAAAGACGAAGAAAUCAAAUUGAUAUUUAUUAUUAUUUGUUGAUAUUACAAAAAUAUUGUUAAAAUUACUUACAGUUGCUAAGUAGCCCAGAGUCUAUGGAACAAUAUGAAUUGCUGUUUUCAGUCAAACUUUCCAUCCAUUGCUGUAAACAACAAUAUAAUAUUAUAGAAUAAUA